AUGAGCGACGAGUCACUGACGGGCUCGAUCCCGCGCAGGAGCCGGGUCAACGCGGCGACGCUGCGGCUGUACAUGGACAAGUUCGACUUUGCCGGCCUCUCGCUCGAUGCGGCGUUCCGGCGACUGUGCGGCAAGCUGUACCUCAAGGGCGAGACGCAACAGGUCGACCGCAUCCUCGAGCAGUUCAGCCGGCGAUACUUUGACGACAACCCCAGGACCGUCUACGGCAGCUCGGACGUCGUCCACGCCGUGUCGUACUCGCUCCUCCUCCUCAACACGGACCUGCACGUCGUCGACUCGACGACCCGCAUGACGCGCCAGCAGUUCAUCCGCAACACGCUCGACGCCAUCCGGGCCCAGACGGGCACCGACGACGCCGCUGCCGCCGCCGAGCUCCUCGCCGACGUCCACCCUGCCUCGACCGACUCGUCCUCGUCCGUCUUCCGCCUCGGCAACCUCGACGCGUCGACCUCGCGCAAGUCGAUCGACAGCUCUCGACAAAACCCGAGCGUCGUCAGCCUCGCAGCAGCAGCGGCAGCGGCAGACGGCGCGAGCGACUCGCCGACGCCGACCGUGUCGGGCUCGCCCAUCAUCACGCGCACGGGCCCCGAGGGCCGGUCCGACAGCCCGGCGCGCUCGCUCAAGGCCGCAUCGACGCCUGUGCCCAAGCUCGACGAGGUCAACCUGCAAGUUGCGCUCAAGGACAUGUACAACGCCAUCAAGUCGCAGCCCGUGUACCAGAUCUCGAGCGGCUCGGGCUCGUCCUCGGCGCUGCACCUCCCGCACGAGCCGUCGGCGACCAACCGCUCGUCCUUCUCGCUCUCGCCCGGCGGCGGCGGCGGCGGGUCGUCGCCGUACGCGACGUGGGGCGGCAACGUGAGCCGGGCGGCGAGCCGCAGGAGCGCGACGUCGGUCGCGAGUGGGACGACGCCGCCGACGAGCGUGUCGUCCGGCUCGGCGUACAAGCGGGCGAGCAUCCGGGGCAUGGGCGCGUUCCUCGGCGCGUCGUCGAGCCUCGACUUGGUGCGGUCGACGAGCCCGACACCGAGCACGGCGACCUCGCUCUCGGAUGAACGGUGGAACACGGCGUACGGCCCGGCGUCGCAGCACCACAACGUGCCCACGAUCGGGUUCGCCAACAGCCUGUCGCACACGAUCAUCCGCGAGCAGCACGAGGGCGGCGGCGCCGGCGACGAGACGCGGUCCGAGGCGAGCGAGGUCGACGUCUCGGACGAGGAGCUCGCCCUGCUCGGCGCGCCGUGGGCCAAGGAGGGCAUCCUGUCGAGGAAGCACUACUGGGAGUCGAGCGGCAAGAGGGCCAAGGACAAAGGGUGGGUCCAAGCGUUCGUCGUCGUCUCGCAGGGCGAGCUCCAGAUGUUCCGCUUCGACGGCGGCGGUGGCAGCGGCGGCGGCGGGAGCGCUCGAGUGACGGGAGGUGUCGGCGGCGGCGACUGGACGGCCAACGCCUCGGCUGUCGGCUCGGUGUCGCUCAUCCACGCCCUGUGCUCGGCCAUGCCGCCGCCGGGCUACAGCCGCGAGCGGCCGCACUGCUUCGUCUUGACCCUGCCCGGCGGCGGGUCCUACUUUUUCCAGGCCGGCACGCCCGACCUCGUCGCCGAGUGGGUCUCGACGUGCAACUACUGGGCGGCGCGCCACUCGAAGGAGCCCCUGUCCGGCGGCGUGUCCAACAUAGAGUACGGCUGGAACCGCGUCGCCGACUCGACGAGCACCGCCGGCGGCGACGACGACCUCGAGGAGAUCGCGAGUAUCCGCAGCGGGCACAGCCGCAGGAGCUACGCGUCGUCGGCGUUCCACAGCAGCGCGCUCGGCGCCGGCGCCGACCGCACGCACGUCAACGAGUGGAAGCCGCCCCAGGUCCCGCUCGUGCCGAGCCACCUCGGCGAGGAGGCGCAGCUCGACGCGCUUAGCCGACACUCGGCCAUCGUCCAGCGCGAGCUCGCGCAGCACGGCGCUCUGCGUGGGCCCAUGACUCGCCUUUACCCGUCCCGGAGCGCCGCCGGCGCCAAAGCGCUCGCCAACUGGGAGCGCAAGUCGCAGCACCUCGUCGCCGAGGGCGUCAAGUACCGCACCUACGUCGACGCGCUCGCGACGGCCGUCCACCUGCGCGCACUGCGACGCGGCAAGAAGCAGGUCGAGCGCAUGCUCGAGCUCGCAGACCGCGACGCAGACGAGGCGACCGAGGAGCUCGCCGCCGUCGGGCUGUCGCCGCUCGACGACGGGCGCUGAUACCCCCUCUUUUCUCUCUUUCUUGAGCGCACCCUUUCUCUCUCUCUCUCUCUUUGUCGCCCUCGCCCCCCUUUCUAGAUAUCCCUCUCGCAUCGCAAUAUACCUCUUCUCCCG